UUUUCUUAUAAAUUCUUCCUCUGGAACCAGUAUAUUACACUGGUUUUACCUUUUCAAACUGCUAACAGUAAUGGUCCAUUACUUUAUGUCGGUUGGGUGACUCUCUGUUUGCAUGACAUGAAACAUGACACUUCAAUAUAGGUCUUCUAUGCUUAUUUCUAUUAAUACAUAGUAUUAUUAAUAUCAUCUAUAGUAUUAUUUAUGCUCUAAACUCCUGUAUUUUUUGGAAAAACAUUUGGUUAAACAUUUUUUAAAUCUUCAUAUCCACUUCAUCUAUUGGCAUUUAAACCGUAGAAUUAAAACAUUUCAGCUAAUAGGUUUAUCAAUGUAAGCGGUAGAAGAUGGAUGGAUGCUAAUCUUUUUAUAUUUUUGUUAUUUAAGUUUAUUAUUUGCAGGCUCGUUUUUUUUCCUUAUUUUUAUUAGGCAUGAGUGCAUUGCAAAUAUGAUUUCAUUCUUAACGUAUUUUAAGUUAAAAUAAAAGGGUUGAACUGGUUUCUUUUAUUAAGGAAUAAUCAUCAGUGUGGUCAUUAAUGUCGUCAGUAAUCUGUUGGUUAAACUGGAAGAGCUCUAAUAUGGAAAGUCAUGCUAAUGUGCUGCUGACUUAAAGCCAUUUGGGGUAUAAAUAAGGCACAUUUCAAUACUCAAUCAAUAUUUGCAACAUUGUCAUUCAAACAAAAACAGAAGAACGUGAAAAACACAAGCAGAUAUGUCUUCAUUAAUGUGGUUCAUUCUGAUUUUUUCAGUGUUCUCCAUACUUUCCUGCAAACAAACCUCUCUAAAAUGCCACCAUGGCUGGUCUCAGUUUGGAUCACGCUGCUUCAGGAUCUUUAAAACUGCAACAAGCUGGGAUGAUGCAGAGCAAAAUUGUGUGAUUAUGGGAGGCCAUCUUGCAUCUGUGCACAACAAAGCAGAGUACAUGUUCAUCCAGGCUUUAGUCCAAAAUGCCCUUAAUUCAAAUGCACAAACAUGGUUAGGUGCCAGUGAUGUACAGCAGGAAGGAGUGUGGAAGUGGACCGAUGGGUCAGCAUUCGAUUACACAAACUGGGCUGGAGGACAACCUGAUAAUAAAAAUAAAAUGGAGAACUGUUUAAUGAUGAAUUAUCAAGCUUGUUGGAAUGACGCAGUCUGCACGUGCCUGAGACCAUCAGCAUGUGCUAAGGCAGCCAUCCCAGCUAAGACCGUUUCAGUGCUAAAAUUAAAAAUAGCUUCAAAGACAAACCUCCUGGAAUCUGACAUUGAAGCCCUUGUACAGCAGGUCAAACAGAGCCUGAUAGACAGUGGAAUGCCAGCCAGUGCUACACUUCGCUUGCAAAGCAUUUACAAUCCUUGUAAAUGUUGAAAUAUUAUUAGAGCUUGAAAUUCAUAAUAAGGAAUAUGACAAUAACAACAGACACAUGUGCUAAACAGUAUAGUCAAAAGUUUUUGGAAACCUAGCUAUAACACCCAUGUAAGAUUGUUUGCUGUUGUGAUAGCUUUCACGCUUUUGGGAUUCCAUUAAUUUUGGAGUGUGGCAAUGGGGAUUUAUUCGGUCAGCCAAAAGAGCAUUAAUAUGGUCAGGCCCUGAUGUUGGGAGAGGAGGCCUGGGGCUUAAUCAGUUCAUCCCAAAUGUGUUCAGUGGUGCUGAGAUUAGAGCUCUGUGCUGAACAUUCGGGUUCUUCCACUCCUGCAAACCAUGUCUUCAUGGCGUUCACUUUAUGUAGAGGGACAUCGUUAUCUUGAAACCGGUUUGUUCCUCCUAGUUACAGUGCAGGAAAACUGUAAGUAUAGAGCAUAAAAAAAAGUCAUCGUUGUUUGCCUAUAACUUUGUAGCAACAGUUCUGGGAUGAUAACACAUAUGGGUGUGUUGGUCAGGUGUCCACAAACCUUUGGACAUGUUGUAUAAGAAAUUCAUGCUGAAAUAAAUUAAAUAAAAAAACUUACUUUUUUCUCUUUUGUAACUACCUGCAAAUGACUCCUGGGCACAUUAUGAUCUCAGGAAGAUUAAUCCUUGCCAUAUAUACAAUGAUUGUUAAAACUUUUUGCCUAAUAAUGUUUUGAUACAUUAUUUCAGAACGAAUUAAAUCCAAUAUCAGCUGUAAACACCAUGAUAGUAGACUAUGUCUCUAUACUUCAUAGAUAGGGUUAGGGAGCUAUAUGAAUUUCAUACACACACAGAAAUAUCAUUAAUCUGUGUUUGAAAAUUGUUCCAAUCCAAAAAACUUUUCUUCUCUUUCUUUUUUUUUGUAUGUGCUUGUCCUUUAUUUAGCACUUAAUAACUAUCAGGGUACUUCAGAGUACCUCUCACUCUAAAACCAGUUGACCAGUUCAGAUUUAAGGUGUGUGCAGAAGAACCAGAGUAGAGAAGCAGAAGAGGAGAAAAAGGCACAUGCAUUUGCCAUAUAUUUUUACAUAUUGAUCAUUAAUAUUUAGAUUGUGGAAUUGAUUAUUUUAUUUGAACAUUUGACACAAAAUGAACUCUAUUAAAAUGUACGCUAAUGUUGUGAAAAAUGACACAUGAGCUGUUCAGAUCUGAUAGUGUUGUAAAGAAUAAUCACAAGUAUGAGGUUUUGGUUUAUAAUAUUUAAUACAUGUUUAUAUAGUGUUGUAACUAAUCAAAGCAUCGCUGGAUUAAAUACAUAUAUGUGAUUGACUUUCUAUAGCAGGCCUUUAUGAUAAUGAUAUGGUAGCCAGACUGAAGCUGUUCCUGAUUUAAAGGCAUUUAAAGUCAGAACCCAAAGGGCUCAAGUAGUGUGUAAAGCUCACUGAGACUUGCCCCAGAAGAUAACUGUUAUAUAUUUCAAAUAUAUUUCAAGGUUGGGAGGCAUCACUAGCAACAGAUACGCUCAGCAAGAAUGCAACAAUCUGUGCAUGUAUAAAGGUGUCAGACCAACUGAAUAAAAUCUCUGUCAUGUUAGUCUAAAAAAGAAAGCUGCUUACACAAAAUUUAUUCUCCAAAUAUCCAAAAAAAGAGAGAGCUCGUUUAGUAGAUAUAAAAUAAAGCAUCAACGAUCAAUGAUUAGAAAAAAUCCUUUAACGCAAGUAGCCCACCAGCAUGUACACUCUGUGUUACGGUUGGGGUAAAUAUUUGGCAGUAUUAUAAGCGAGACCACAUCCUGUUUUUUUCUGACAAAAAAAUUUAUGACAAUUACUGACUUGGUACAUGAUCAGCUGAGAUGCCAAGUCACUGGUCCUACUAGUGAUUCAUUUACUUUAAUUAUUUACAUUUUUUCUGUAACUGACUGAAAAUAUCUCCAUGGCUAAUUUGCAUUUUUAAGCCAUGCCAUACAUUAAGUCAUGG